AUGCUUAUACUCUUUGGGCUUUUGUACUUGGCGAGUGGACAAUUGGUGCGGACUCAAGAUGCCACAGGUAGCCGUUUCGUGUGCAAUGCCAUUCCUCCUGGCGCGGAACCGGGUUGUGGAUACGGUCAAACAGGGAACCGCAUCCCGAGCAGUUCCGUGGAGGAAGAGCUUCGAAACACGAUCAUCCAGCUCCGGGAGACCAUCCUGCAGCAGAAGGAGACUAUAGUGAGCCAGCAGGGCACUAUCAAAGAGCUCAACUCCAAACUGGCGCGCUGCGAGGCAGCUACAGAUGACUCCCAGAGCAAGUCCCGAGGUCAGGGCUCCAGACGCAAAGACUACGGCAAGAACACGAUGGGCGACCUGCCUCGGGACCCUGGUGACACCAUCGACCAGCUGGGCAAGACCAUGCAGAGCCUGAAGGGGCGGCUGGAGAGCCUGGAGCAGCAGAGUCUUCGCCUGCCUAACUCCUCCUCCAGCGUGUCCCUGUCCCACAGUGUGUCGUCCGCCCUGGCCCCCCUACCUCCUGAGCUGAGGGACGUGCUCCGACAGAGGCUGGGAGCUCUGGAGACACAGCUGCUGCGCAAAGUGGCCGAGCUAGAGGAGGAGAAGAGCCAGCUGUACAACGAGACCGCCGCCCAUCGGCAACGCACCGAGAAUGCCCUCAACGCUCUUAUGGAACGCAUCACCGAGCUGGAGAAAAAUAAUAAUGCCUUCAAAUCACCUGAGGAUUUCAAGGUGUCCCUGCCUCUUCGUACUAAUUAUUUGUAUGGACGGAUUAAGAAGAGCCUUCCGGAAAUGUAUGCCUUCACUGUCUGCAUGUGGCUCAAGUCCAGCGCUAGCCCUGGCAUUGGAACCCCCUUUUCCUAUGGUGUCCCAGGACAGGCUAACGAGAUAGUCCUCAUCGAGUGGGGCAAUAAUCCUAUAGAACUUCUUGUUAAUGAUAAGGUGGCCCAACUGCCCCUGUCUGUGAGUGACGGCCGCUGGCACCACAUCUGCAUCACGUGGACCACCCGGGACGGCUUCUGGGAGGCGUACCAGGACGGGGAGCGCCUGGGUACCGGGGACAACCUGGCCCCCUGGCAUCCAAUUAAACCAGGAGGGGUCAUCAUCCUGGGCCAAGAGCAGGACAUCGUCGGAGGCCGCUUCGAUGCCACCCAGGCGUUUGUGGGUGAGCUCAGUCAGUUCAACAUGUGGGACCGGGUGCUGCGGCCGGUGGACAUUGUGGGCCUGGCCAACUGCUCUGCGUACAUGCCCGGAAAUGUGGUGCCCUGGGUGGAUGCCAACGUGGAGGUGUUCGGGGGCGCCAGUAAAGCUCCUCUGGAAAUCUGCGAAGACCGGGCAUUUGACUCAUAG